AUGCCCAAAUUGAAAAGGAGGACUACUUUAAAAGAUCCUACACUGAACAUAGUGUGGAGCUACACAAUGAAUGGAUGGCCAAGUUAUGUUCAGGAGGAAGCACUACGGCCUUAUUUUAUACGUAGGCAGGAGUUGUCAGUGGAACAAGGUUGCGUUCUUUGGGGCCAGCAAGUCAUCAUACCCCCAGGCUAUCGACAGCGCUUACUGGACGACCUUCAUCAGGUGCACCCAGGUAUCUGCCGCAUGAAAGCUCUCGCACGAAGUUACAUGUGGUGGCCUGGCUGUGAUGGGGAAAUUGAAGAGCUCGUGAAAGGUUGCUCUAUCUGUCAAGCUGUUCAGAAAAUGCCAGCAGUCGUACCACUGCACCACUGGAGAUGGCCGGAAAGGGUGUGGCAGAGAAUUCAUAUUGAUUUUGCUGAAAAGGACAAGCAGUAUUUUUUGGUGGUCAUUGAUAGUCAUUCAAAGUGGUUAGAAGUGUUUCCUGUGUCUUCUACCACCUCUCACAAAACCAUUGAAGUGCUGCGAAGCCUGUUCUCUGCGUAUGGACUGCCAGAAGAGCUGGUAUCAGAUAAUGGUCCACAGCUGGUGUCGAGGGAGUUUACACAGUUCCUGGAGAGAAACGGUAUCAACCACACUGCUGUUCCUGCAUAUCAUCCUGCAUCGAAUGGAGCUGCAGAGAGGUCAGUGCAGAUUUUGAAACGUGCACUGACAAAGGAUGUGUUGGAGGCCUAGAAAAAGGCUCCCUUGCCACUCAGUCAUAGACUUGCAAAUUUCCUGCUCAUGUACCGCAGUACACCCCACACCGUGACAGGACCUACACCGGCUGAGUUAUUUCUGAAACGCCAGAUAUGA